CUUAAUAAUUCACUAAAUCCAAUUGGAACUGUUUGGCGCACACAUAUUACGAUAUUGUUUACUUUUUAAUAUAAUUAUUUCAAAAGCUGCGUAAAACGAAAUGAACUUUGAUCAUAUAAAUGUACCAGGAAAACUAGUGCCGGACAACUAUUUGCAGCUGGGACUAGCAGCUCAACGCAGCAAGCAACGCAGUUUCAAAGAGCUCCUCGAGAAGAGGAAACUGCCGGAGACUGGAUGGUCCGAUGAGCAGAUUGAGGAGCUGGUGCUUCAGCUGGCGUCCUUGGACAGCAAUAACUUUCCGCACAAGGUCGGACUGGGAGAACGGGAGGCCCGAAUUGCGUGUAAACUCGUCGCCCGCCGACACUACAAUUUUGGUCACGGAAUCGGCCGCUCUGGUGAUUUACUGGAGGCGCAACCCAAGGCAGCAGGCUCCACGCUACUUGCACGCUUGACAAAUGCGCUAAUCCUGGACCUUGUGCGGGGAAUCGGACUGUCCAGUUGUGCCGGCUGCUUCCUCGUGCCGAUGUGCACUGGGAUGACCCUAACCCUGUGUCUGCAGAGUCUUCGCAAGCGGAGACCCGGGGCGAAGUAUGUGCUCUGGUCCCGCAUCGAUCAAAAGUCCUGCUUCAAGGCCAUCACCGCCGCGGGCUUGGAGCCAGUAAUAAUCCCCUGUCAGGUUAACGGAGAGUCUCUGCACACCGACAUCAAUUUAUUCCGGGAGAAGAUAGAGCUGCUGGGAGUCGAUAGCAUCCUCUGCCUAUACACCACCACCAGUUGUUUUGCUCCGCGCAACUGCGAUGACAUUGCGGAAAUAUCCAAGCUGUCACUGCAGACGCAGCUCCCCCACCUGGUCAACAAUGCUUACGGACUACAGGCGAAGGACAUCGUUCGUCAGCUGGAGCGGGCAAAUCAAAUCGGACGCAUUGAUUACUUUGUCCAGAGCAGCGACAAGAAUCUGUUGGUUCCAGUGGGCGGUGCCAUUGUGGCCAGUUUCAAUGCGAGUCUGCUGCACGAAGUGGCUAGCAGUUAUGCAGGAAGAGCUAGUGGCUCCCAGUCCCUGGACGUCCUUAUGACGCUCCUAUCGCUCGGUCGCAAGGGUUUUCAAUCGCUCAUCCAGCAGCGGGCCGAGAACUUCAUAUACCUCAGAGAUUGCCUUAAGAAAUUUGCAGAGAGUCGCGGAGAAGUGGUAAUUGAUAGCAGGUAUAACUCCAUAUCUUUGGCAAUAACACUAGGUACAAUUGCUGUGGAUGAGAAGGAAAGCAUCACCCAGCUUGGAUCUAUGCUGCACAUGCGUGGAGUGUCCGGAGCAAGAGUAGUUGUGCCGGGGCAAACCAAAACCAUUGAUGGACAUAAGUUUGUGGAUUUUGGAUCCCACCGCAACGAGCUUAAAGUGCCUUAUCUAACUGUGGCGUCUGCCUUGGGAAUAACUCGAGAGGAGAUCGACAAAUUUUUUGAUAUCUUUGGCAAGUGCUGGCACCAGUUAAGUCAAAAUAAAAAUGAAAGCAAAACAAAAAACCUACCGAAGGCAACAGACUAACAAAUGCAUCACUUAAAUUAACUUAAUGUUAUAUAGCGACAUACAAAAAACUAACUUAUAGGUUUAAAAAACAAAAUGAUGUUGGCUCGUUUUAUUAAGGUGCUUUUAGUUUUGAAAUCACUUUUUUGUUAUUGCAACAGCUUUGAGAUGGCGUUUAGCGCGCAGGAAAGUUGGUGUUCAAAAAGUAUGCAACAACAAUUUGUUCUGAUAAUCCUCCCAUAAACAAGUCCUGGAAAGGACAAUGAGCAAAUGUUAAACCAAUUGUAAAUUUAAACAAAUCAAAAUUUAGGAAUGUAUAGCAACUUGUAUUUUGAUAAACAAUUUGGCAGUGCAUGCGAUAACGACAAUUUACUAACGAGACAAAUAAACCCAAGUUCCCUAGCUUUUGCUGUGGCCAUUA